UUUCAAGGUCGCUCACGGUAAUUAGAAUUAGUUCUUUUCCUUUACCCUCGCGUGAUAUUGAUUGGUAUGAAUCCACCGAAAAAACAGUAUAGGAAACCGAGAAAAAAAGAAGGAAAAUCUUUAAAAGCUAGAGUUAAACAGAUAUGUACUUGUCAAGCCGCCGAGCAUAAAUUAGUAGGAAACUGUCUACAUUGCGGUAAAAUAGUUUGUGACUUGGAAGGCCCCGGCUUAUGCACUUUUUGUUCCGUGGGCACUGUACCUUGUGAAAACUCUGUAAAAAGUCAGAUUAGCCAGGAUGCUCUACUUCAGAAAGAUCGCAUAUUACAGUUUGAUCGUGAAAAUGCUAGAAGAACUACUGUUAUUGAUGAUGAAAAUGAUUACUUUGAGUCAGACAGCCGGUGGAUAAGUGGUAAAGAAAGGGAGAAAAGGAAAAUACUUGAACAAAAAUAUGAAACUGAAAAAGACCGUCUUAAGAAUGCUAAUCUUUUCACCAUAGAUAUAGUAAACAAAACAGUUACAAGAGAAGACGCCACGAAAUACCUUGACGUUGAAAAAUUUCUGCCUGAACGCCACGAACCUAAGAAGAAGGAAUUGCAAUCCUAUAAUGUUGACGGAAUGAAGUUUGAGACUUUAGUUCAUCCUUGUUUGAAAAACAAACCAACUUUUUUGCAUUCACUUUUUAAAAAUUCUAAUCUUCCUUCGAAAAAACUCAGAGAGUCGCUUAAACUUCAAGAUGAGGAUCUUUUAAAAAUGGUAGACUACGGAAAAUGCUUGAGUUUACAUCAGCCAUGGGCCUCCUUGUUAGUCGCUGGAAUAAAAACUGUGGAGGGCCGUAGUUGGUACACUCCCCAUCGGGGUCGCUUGUGGAUCGCUGCAACCUCUCUUGAACCGAGCGAAGAUUGUAUUAACGAAGUUGAAAAUUCAUAUAAAGUUUUGUAUAAAGAUCCCAAUUUAAAAUUUCCGCGACCUUACUCAACUGCGUGUCUUCUUGGCUGCGUGGAUCUUGUGGAAGUUUUUACUAUUGAAGAAUAUAAAAAUAAAUUUAAAAGUGAAGAGUCUCAGUCUGAUUUUGUUUUUAUAUGUGAAAAUCCACGUGCUCUUCCGGUUAAAUUUUCCGUCUCGGGAAAUUCAAAGAUCUGGAAUUUGCCAAAAGAAUUGCAUAAUUCCGCUAGACAAGCGCUUUCAUCCUUUUCUUCAUAAUAAAUUAGUAAAAGCUUAAUGGUCACGCACGGUCACGUAUUUCACAGACGGGAAAU